GUUAGUUAAUUCACGAUCAUACGACUUUCUACUAACGUAUACUAUCGUUAAGCAAAUAUGAGAGCUCUUAGUAAUUACUUAAAAGGUUUCGCCUUUCUAAAGAGAACUGGUUUAAGUUUAAACCAUCAGGGUUAUAUAAACUUCAAGAGAUGGAAUUCAGUAGGUUCAGAUACCAAGCAAAAUAACUGGAAAAUAAGAAUUCAACUUGCAGCAGCUUACAGAGGUUUGGAAGCCUACAAUAUGAAUGAAGGCGUAUGCAACCAUCUAACAGCAUUGGCUCCAGCCAGUAGUGACAACGGAGAAGUAAUGCUAGUUAUACCAUACGGUCUGCACUGGAGUGAGGUGACUCCGUCUUGUCUUAUCGGGCUGAAUUCCAAUAAUGAAGUGAUAGAAGGAAAGGGAACUCCUGAGACGUCUGCUGCUUGCAUCCAUCGUGGUAUUUACCGAAGUUGCCCCAAUAUCCGAAGUAUCCUGCAUACUCACGCACCUUAUGCAACAGCUUUAGGGUGUUUGGAAACGCCAACUCUAAGAAUGGUGCAUCAGAACUCGGCUCGUUUUCUGAAUCGUGAGGCCUACGAUACCGACUACUCUGGUUUGGUUCAUGAUGUGGAGGAAGGAAUCCGAUUAGGAAAUGUUUUGGGGAAUAAAGAUGCUCUUUUUAUGGGGAAUCACGGCGUCAUUACUGUAGCAGAUAACAUUGCCUCAGCUUUUGACAAUAUGUACUACCUUGAGCGUGCUGCAAUGGUGCAG